UGCAGCCCAAUAGCAUCCUGGGCGUACGGCCCAUGAGAAGAACACGGCAUUGAUUCCCGGAGAAAACCCUAGACUGCGGCGGGCGCCUUCCCAUAAAAGCACAGCUCUUGUGUCCCCGCCGCCGCCACCUGCUGCAGCUUCUCAACCGGAUAGGUAGCACCGGAGCAGGUAGAACGCUGCACAAUCCCCUUCGCCGCCGCCAAGAUGGUAACCGCCUUCUUCCCCGUCUCUCUCUGUUGAGUAGAUGAGGGUUUUCAGAUUGGUGAACGUUCCUAAGACCAAGAAGACGUACUGCAAGAACAAAGAGUGCAAGAAGCACACACUCCACAAGGUGACUCAGUAUAAGAAGGGCAAGGAUAGCCUGUCUGCCCAGGGAAAGCGCCGUUAUGACCGCAAGCAGUCAGGAUAUGGUGGUCAGACCAAGCCUGUCUUCCACAAGAAGGCCAAGACCACCAAGAAGAUUGUUCUGAAGCUGCAGUGCCAGAGCUGCAAGCACUACUCACAGCACGCCAUCAAGAGAUGCAAGCAUUUUGAGAUUGGUGGAGACAAGAAGGGCAAGGGCACAUCUCUUUUCUAAGCUUCUCGUCCACCUGUCUGGUUGUUGAGUUGAAGCUGUGGGUCUACUACUACUGUUAUAAAAACAUGUCGCCAAAUUUCAAUGUUAAUGUAGCAAUGAAAGCAGACCAUGCUAUGUAUCCAAAUUCCAAUGCCUGACAUUUGUUCUGGGGUGUUGGUCGACUUUUGGCUAAAUGAAAGUUUUGUAGCUUGAAUCUGUUUUGUGUUUGAUUUUGUUCUGCCA